AGGGUAGGGGAUGAUGUAGAUGGAUGAUUCGAGAUGCAUCUAGAACUAUAAACAACAAUUAAAAUGUUCACAUCCGAUUUCAAUUAAAAUCGUCGAUUGGAGAAGGGAAAUAUGGGGUUCUUAAGAACAAUUUCAACAACGACGGCCGUUACAACAACAGCAGCAGCUCUAGCUCUCAAUUCCCUCGCCCCAUCUUCAACUUCAUCCUCCUCUUAUAAUUAUAAUUUCACCAAACCCUUUUUGAAUUCAUCGUCUCCAGCUUCGAGUCGUUUCGGGCUAAUGAAGACUCUCGCUGCCCCUCCUCCUGCUCUUCACAUGGACGCUAAACCAGCCCUGAAGCACGAUGCGGAAUUACCAGAAGUUAUGACAGAAUUCAUGGUGGAUAUGAGUUGUGAAGGUUGUGUUAAAGCGGUCAAGAAUAAGUUGCAAACAGUCGAUGGAAUUAAGACCAUUGAUGUGGAUCUGAGCAAUCAAGUAGUUAGAAUAUUCGGGUCUUCUCCAGUGAAGAUCAUGGCUGAAGCCUUGGAGCAAACUGGCCGGAAAGCCCGGCUAAUUGGUCAAGGUUCUCCAGGAGAUGUCUUCAUUUCUGCUGCUGUUGCUGAAUUCAAAGGCCCAGAAAUUUUCGGAGUGGUACGUCUGGCCCAAGUGAGUAUGGAGUUGGCUAGAAUCGAAGCCAACUUCAGUGGGUUGUCACCUGGAAAGCACGCAUGGUCCAUAAACGAAUUCGGUGAUCUUACUCGAGGUGCCGCAAGUACCGGAAAACUAUUUAAUCCAAUCAAGCAGCAGCUAUCAGAUGAAAAGAAGUUUCAGGCGCUUGGUGACCUGGGAACACUGGAUGUUGACGAGAAAGGAGAAGCCUUCUUCUCGGGUGUGAAACAUAACCUUACGAUUGGUGAUCUCGUCGGCAGAGCUAUAGCAGUGUACGAAAGUGAAGAUAGAUCCGAUACUGGGCUUGCAGCAGCAGUUAUAGCUAGAAGCGCCGGAGUUGGUGAGAACUACAAAAAACUUUGCACCUGUGAUGGCACCACCAUCUGGGAAGCGACCAAUGCAGAUUAUGUUACCAGCAAAGUUUAACUCGAUCCUGUUGCCACAUUAUCGAUGUCAUUUUGAUAUAUCGAAGGGUGUAAAACUACUUGUAAGGAAGAGUCUCGAUUGUCGAAGUUGUAACAUUUGUAUGUGGAUGCUUAAAAAUACGAACUUGGUGUCUCUUAUGAAUAAUAGGCCUACAUUAGAGGUCUAGUUUACUU